GGAGAUGGAAAAGCCCAAAUUAUUAAAAUCCAACGCUCUUUCUGACUGCAGCACAGGAACAAGUAUUGAUUUAUGUGUGGAUUCAAAUGUAUAUCCCUUAACAGAAGCAGAAUAAUCGUAGUGAGAGAAAGACAAAGAAGAUGGAUCAUUACGGUUCUUCUGGAGGAAGCUGGACUAUGAUCCCAACCCACAACUCCAAUCUUCAAUCCCAAUCCCAAUCCAACCAAGACCCUAAUCUCUUUCUCCAACAACAACAACAACAAUUUCUCCAACAACAACAGCAACAACCUUUUCAGCAAUCACUACCACCUCAAUCUCAAUUCCAACAGCAGCAACAACAACACCUUUAUCAGCAACAGCGUCUUCUACAGCAACAGCAGCAGCAGCAACCACAGCAGCAACAGCAACCACAGCAGCAACAAAACCUUCACCAGUCCCUCGCCUCUCACUACCAUCUCUUACAUUGGGUCGAGAAUUUGGCUGAGGUUAUUGAACAUGGAACCCCCGAUCAGCAAUCAGAUGCAUUGAUCAAUGAAUUGAGCAACCAUUUUGAGAAGUGCCAACAGCUGUUAAACUCAAUCUCUGGCUCCAUUAGCACCAAGGCUAUGACGGUUGAGGGACAGAAGAAGAGACUAGAGGAAAGUGAGCAAUUGCUAAAUCAGCGAAGAGAAUUGAUUGCCAAUUUCAGAAAAUCUGUGGAGGAGCUUGUUAGGUCUGACCCAUAAGAGCUUGUUGUGUAUUCAGAUGGAUCUCACUGAAGAUGUGCACGUCUUUAAAUUUUUCAGUUCUCAGAGAACAUCUUAGGGCUGUUUUUGUUCAACUAUCAUGGAGAUCUAAGCCUAUGCCAUGAUUUAGAAUUCAAGAGAUAUUGUGCAAGUUACUUGUCAUGUUUUGGCUCCUGGAGGUCAAGGUAGGUUUAAAUCAACAGCAAAAUUUUCUGCUGAUAUGAUCUUACCGUGUGCUUCUGUUGCCUGUAUUAGGAGGGAGGCAGGGCAUUAUUUAGUAAGAGAAAACUUUGGUAAUUUGGAGGAAUAUAAUGUAACUGAUCGAUGAUAUAAAAUGGUUUGCCCCUGCAUUGUUCUUCGGGCAUUUAUCUAUAAUGUUGGAUUAAGUGUCUGCUUAUUUUUAAUUUUGGUUAAUUUUACAGUGUUGAAGGUGAUUAGGAUGUGUGUUUUAAUCAAUAUCAUUACAUUGUUCGCAUUAAAAUGUAUGUUGUAUGAAAUUGAUUGAAUGGAUAAUGCCAUUCAAUUGG